GGCGCGACCUGAGACCAUGACUACGGCGCUGGGCAGCCGCGGGGCGCUCCGGCUGAGGCUCCUCUGCUCUCUGAAGUCAGGGCUCGAGGUUCCCCGGGCCCGGCCCGCAGCCGCAUUCGGCACCUCAGUAACCUCUGCCAAAGUGGCUGUGAAUGGUGUCCACCUGCAUUAUCAGCGGACUGGAGAGGGCGAGCAUGCAGUCUUGCUGCUUCCUGGAAUGUUGGGAAGUGGAGAGACUGAUUUUGGACCUCAGAUUAAAAACCUAAAUAAGCAGCUCUUCACAGUGGUUGCCUGGGAUCCUAGAGGCUAUGGACAUUCCAGACCCCCAGAUCGAGAUUACCCAGGGGACUUUUUUGAAAGGGAUGCAAAAGAUGCUGUUGAUUUGAUGAAGGUGUUGAAGUUUAAGACGGUCUCUUUGCUGGGAUGGAGUGAUGGUGGUAUAACAGCACUCAUUGCAGCUGCAAAAUAUCCAUCUUACAUCCACAAGAUGGUGAUUUGGGGGGCCAACGCCUAUGUGACUGAGGAAGAUGAGAUGAUUUAUCAGGGUAUCCGAGAUGUUUCUAAGUGGAGUGAGAAAACAAAAAAGCCUCUAGAAACUCUAUAUGGGUAUGACUACUUUUCAAAAACCUGUGAAAAGUGGGUGGAUGGCAUAACACAGUUUAAACAUCGUCCAGAUGGUAAUAUCUGUCGACACCUGCUACCCCUGGUUCAGUGCCCCACUCUAAUUGUGCAUGGUGAAAAGGAUUCUCUGGUCCCACGUUUUCAUGCUGACUUCAUCCACAAACAUGUGAGAGGGUCACGAUUGCAUCUGAUGCCAGAAGGCAAACACAACCUCCAUUUGCGUUUUGCAAAUGAAUUCAACAAGUUAGCUGAAGACUUCUUACAAUGAAAAUGUCCCCAAGAAUAUGUUACCUGGUGAUUCUUCAGCAUGGAGCUUCAACCUGUUGCUGCCUCUGAAACCCACCAUGUCACACCUCAGUGCACCUGCCUUCCAGGUUUCUACUCCCUACAACUCCUCCUAACCCAAUAUUGAUGACAUUAAAAACAUCCUCUAGCUUUAAUAGCUACAGAAGUUAAACCUAACUUCUUAACAUUAAGUUGUACAUUUCUACUGUCUUAAAAAAUAAAUUCCUAGCAUGAUUUACCUUAUUUGCAAACACAUCUUAGAUGAGCAUUUGUAGUGCUCCUGACUGCUAUUUUAGGGCACCUUAAAUUCAUGCUGUACCAUUUCUCUGAGAAGUACAAGUAGUCACUGGUCUUUUUCAUUGUAGUAUCACUUUGUGCAAAGGAAGUAAAGAAAGAGAAGAAAGUCCUUGCCUGGGGUCCUCAAUUCCACAUUUCACAGGGUUGCUCUAACUCGGGCAAAAGGAAGAAAGUUUGCUUUAUUCUCAAAUCUCUCUUCACUCCCUUACCGUUACUGGAUUCCUUUACUUUAAUGCUUU